AUGUCGCUCAGUGACCUAGUAUUAAAUAAAGCGACGGUUAUGUGGAAAGGAGGUAGCGGUGGAUUAUAGCAUCGGCUUGGCAAUUUUAAAUACUACCGGUACAUUCAGGAAGACUUGUCAGCGUCGAAAAUUUACCAAAAAAAAAUCAGUCAUUCAUCCCACAGUAAAUUAUUUUUGUAUAAUAUUCCGGAUCAUGCUGAAAUCUGAAGGAAAACGUAUAGCAGAAAAUCCUCACUUGCCUUGAGCAGCGCUGCAGUGCGAUCUCUGCCUCUCCGUCCGACUGGAUUUCAUCAGCAGAUCGAUCUACAACAGCACACACCGCAUUGGGUUUUAACUGGGAUAUAUUCUCUCUUGUCGCGGUUUAGCAAAUCGGUUUGGUGUAACUGAAGUUAUUGGUUUGCAGAGGACCGAAUUAACGUUACAAUUAAACUGGGAUGGACAAUGCCCAUACAAAGACGGUUGAGGAGGUGCUGGGAUAUUUCGGUGUCAACGAGACAACGGGACUGAGCUCUGAGCAAUUAAGGAAGAGCAGAGAAAGAUGGGGCCCCAAUGAGUUACCUGCAGAAGAAGGUAAGUCACUAUGGGAACUUGUUCUGGAGCAGUUUGAGGAUCUGCUAGUUCGGAUUCUUCUCCUUGCUGCCUGUAUUUCCUUUACUCUGGCCUGGUUUGAGGAAGGGGAAGGAACAAUCACAGCCUUCGUAGAGCCAUUUGUCAUUCUCCUCAUUCUUAUUGCCAAUGCCAUUGUAGGAGUGUGGCAGGAGCGUAAUGCAGAAAAUGCCAUUGAAGCCCUAAAACAAUAUGAGCCUGAAAUGGGGAAGGUGUACAGACAGGACAGGAAGAGUGUUCAGAGGGUCAGAGCCAGGGAGAUUGUGCCUGGAGACAUUGUGGAGGUGGCUGGUAAGAAUUAGAACUAGAUUUCUACA